GCGCGGAUUUGCAACGAAGAGUUUUUGAUGCGUGUACGAAAGGCAGUUGGCCACUGUUUACCACUAUUCUUCUUCUUCUUCCCCUCAUUCUUCUCCCUCCCUCUCUCUCUCUCUCGCAUUCUUUUCUCGUCCGCCCCCUCUCUCUCCAUUCUCUCUCUCUCUCUCUCUCUCGGUGUGUGUGUGUGUUCGUUCUGUCUUGUGUUUCCUUCCAACCGCACGUGCAAUGCGCAUGCUAGAGAGAUUAAUUGAGUUGGAUUAGAGAUUAGAGAUUGAAUGAUGAUUUAUAUAAAUGCAAAUAGAUAUAGAUAGAUAGAGAGAACAAAGGAUGAGUAAGUGAGGUAGACAGCAAGACCAGCGAUACGCAAUGCAGCUAGAUACGAGGGAAAGGAAAACGCACCGCGGGUAAUGGAUGACUGAUAGACACUGGUACCUCUCUGGUUGGUGUGCGUGUAUGGCUGCGUCCCAUAAUGGUAGUUCCGCCGCCGCCGCCGCCGCCGCCGGCCAAAUGAGACUUGGCACUGAGAAAAAAAAAGGUUACUUCUCCGUUUUGGUGACAAUGGGACUUGGCAGUGAGAAAAAGCCACCAACGGAGAAUGAAAAUAUAGGUCCCAUGAAUGAUCCUAUCGCCAGAAUCGAACACGCGACCUCCCUCAUGGGAGUUGCGCGCUCAGACUUGUUGGCAGUGAGAAUGAGAAAAUAAGCUCAGGGCCAACAGCGAUGACUGAUCGCGAUCGUCAUUUGUUUGUGGAUCUAACGACUCGGGUUCAAACUCGACAACGACGACUGUAAAGGGAGAGGAGGGAGAGUAAGGGAGAGGAGAGAGAGUAAGAAAGAGGCCUGAGACAAGAAGCGCGCCAAGCCUCCCCCAUUCGUCUCUAUCGGUUUUCGUUAAUACUUAUUCCAAAAAGCAACAUCUCACGACGAAAAGCGGAUCGACUGGAGAGAGAGAGAGAGAGAGAGAGAGAGAGAGAGAGAGAGAGAGAGAGAGAACCGAUCCCUCUCGGUUUUCCUUGAUAUUUCAAAAAGCGAAAUUUCAUCGUCGUUGGGGUGGGGUGGGGGUGGGAGAGAGAGAGAGGCUCUGAGAGAGAGAGAGAGAGAGAGAGAGAGAGAGAGAGAGAGAGAGAGAGAGAGAGAGAGAGAGAGAGAGAGAGAUGGGUUUCGUGCAGAAAUCGUUCGUUGCGGUGGCAAUCAGUUGCAUAUGUAUAUUGAGCAUGAUGGUUCUGAAUCUGAACACGAUCGAUGAGCUGGGGUAUUUCCUUGCACCGAGCGAUCCUGAGCCAGCAGCAGCCGAUGUCGAGGAGCCAGUAAUGAAUCUUGGAUUGCCAGCAGACGAUGCCGCGAAGCCAUUAAUGAAUCUUAGAUCCCCAGCAGACGAUUACGAGAAGCCAUUAAUGAAUCUGGGAUCCCCAGCAGCCGAUGUCACGAAGCCAUUAAUGAAUCUUGGAUUCGCGACUUGCUACGCGGGCAGCGGGAGCAGGUUCUCUUCCUCUUCCUCCUCCUCCUCCUCCUCCUCCUCCUCGAGAUCUAAACUGUCUCUGCUUGAGCGAAUGCAAGAUCCAUCGGUUCGGUUAACCACCGCGCGAGCGUUCGCUGUCCUCGACGAUCUGGAUAAGAGUGUGACGACGUGUGAUUGGUCAGAAGGUCAAUGGGAAUCUUCGCCGAGGAUUCCUCUGUACGGCGGUCGGUGUCUUUUCCAUUCCGAGACGAGCAAAUGCGACGAAAGAGGAAGAAAUUUGUCGUUUCUCCAAUACAGCUGGAAAUCGCGUCACUGCGGUGGCGCCUUUCUGCCUCUCUUUGAUCCUGUCAUCUUUCUCGACGUCAUGCGCAACAAGGUCAUGUAUAUCAUUGGCGAUAUCUCUGCUCGAGCAUUCACUCAAGCGCUGGUGUGCUCCAUAAACCUCGUCGAGCAGGUUGAGGGCAACAUGGACGAUGAUCCAGUUCAGCAUGCACACCACUACAAAGUCAACUCGUUCAAUAUGUCCAUAAAUGCUGUCUUUGUGAACGACAUUGUUGACUGCGAGGACGAUCAAAAGACAUUUGAUGUGCACGGCGUUACACGGGAUCAAGGCCGAGAUGUUGUUUAUCUUGACCGCCCACACAGCCAAUUGCAGAUGCUGCUGAAAAGCAGAGUUCAACUUGAUGUUCUUCUCAUUGCAUCGCCUCGGAAAUGGGGUCCCGAAAAUCCAAGGGUUUAUGUUUACCAGAAUCAGGUCGUCGAUUACGACUGGAAAAGAGCUUAUGAUGUGGCAUUAAUGAACCUAGGCUCACACAUUGCAGCGGCGGCGGCGCCGCCGCCACUUCCACCACCCCUUCCCUCCCAUAAACCAGGUCACAAGGAAGAUGCAGGAAAGGGAUACAGUAUGGAAGACGGCGAGGCGCUCCGCUUUACCGGCGUGCCAUUCUUUCUGACGUACGUGCCUGAGCAUUUCCAGGUGCCGGACUCUCGCUUGCCCGAUACCGCAUUGGAAGACCUGGAGUCGGCAAAGGAGACGAAUGGAUGGGCAUGUGCAGUGAUGCGCACUCUGCCAGUGAAUAAGAGUAUGGAAGAGGAGAUGAUGCAGAUGUGGAAGCGAAUAGCGGCUGCAGAGCAUGAGACCCUUGGAGAUAAAUUCGGAUUCCGGAUCAUCGAUGGUUCUGCGAUGUCUGUGGCGCGUGUGGAUGCCCAUACCAUGUAUUUACGGAGUGGCAGGCCUGACGGACUCGGAGCAGAGGCUCCGGUCUUUGACUGCACUGACUGGUGUCUUCCGGGUGUCCCUGAUUCCUGGCUAGGGCUCUUUCAGACCCUCCUCCUGAGAGAACUGCAGAGCAUGAGAGAGUGCGUGCGCUUGGGGCAAUAGCGUAGGGACAAGCUGAGUUCUUUCGAAUUUGGCCGACGCUUAGGAGAGAAGUUAGGACGAGUCUAGAGUUCUCCGGAACUGGGGCGACCUUUUAUUGUGUGUUCUCACAAUACCUCAUGUUUUGUUUGCGAUAAAUCACGUCGGGUGCAAUCGAAAUAAGCGUCCUCUGGAGUGGAGUUUAACCCCUGUUGUGCUAAUUGCUUGCCACUGAUCUCCAGGGUCGGCAGCGGAACGUU